AUGGGAAGGUCAGCGACAAAAUCUGUCGCGCGAGUGUACGCCGAUGUAAACGCUCGUAUGGGAGCGUCCUGGUAUGAAUACGACAAUCUGCAGGUUCAGUGGGGUUCUCAGGAUCACUACGAGAUCGUGCGCAAGGUUGGACGCGGAAAGUACUCUGAGGUCUUUGAAGGAAUAAACGUAGUCACGGAAGACAAAUGCAUCAUCAAGGUGUUGAAGCCCGUCAAGAAGAAAAAAAUUAAGCGCGAAAUCAAAAUUCUCCAGAAUUUGGCCGGUGGCCCCAAUAUUGUCGCCCUCCUCGAUGUUGUUCGCGACCCUACUCCCAAGAUCCCCAGUUUAAUCACAGAAUACGUACACAACGUCGACUUCAAAGUCUUGUACCCGCGCUUCACAGACCACGAUGUGAGAUUCUACAUGUUCGAGCUACUCAAGGCUCUCGACUACUGCCACUCUAAGGGCAUCAUGCAUAGGGACGUUAAACCCCACAACGUCAUGAUUGAUCAUGAGCACCGUAAACUGCGCCUCAUCGAUUGGGGCUUGGCCGAGUUCUAUCAUCCCAAAACCGAGUACAACGUUAGGGUGGCCUCCCGAUACUUCAAAGGUCCGGAACUGCUUGUGGAUUUCCAAGAGUAUGAUUACAGUCUCGACAUGUGGAGCUAUGGUUGCAUGUUUGCGUCGAUGAUAUUCCGCAAAGAGCCUUUCUUCCACGGUCAUGAUAACUACGACCAACUCGUCAAAAUUACGAAGGUGCUUGGAACUGAUGAGUUAUAUGCAUACAUCGACAAGUAUCACAUACGCCUGGACCCCCAGUACGACGAGCUGCUUGGAAGAUAUCCCAGGAAGCCUUGGACGAGAUUCAUUACCUCGGAGAAUCAGAGGUACAUCUCUAACGAAGCUAUCGACUUCUUGGACAAACUACUGCGUUAUGAUCACCAAGAACGGCUUACGGCGCGUGAGGCUCAAGCCCAGCCCUAUUUCGACCCUGUUCGCACUGAGACACCAUCUGCUACUCCAGACGGAGAAAGUGAUUCUGCCUCAUCAGGCUGA